AUGUCGUACGAACAGACUGCUUGCGACGAUCUUAAAGCUUUUGAGCGGCGACUAACCGAGGUGAUUGCUUCCAUCAAACCAAUAACUAAUCGAUGGCGAACAAUUUUAGCUAUUUCAACAUUAAGUGCUUCAAUAGGUGCCUAUUAUUGGUUGACAGAUCCACAAACAGCUAAAGUAUCAUUUGUCCAAUCGCUGUACAAUCAUUUAUUGUUCACCAUUUCAUCUGUAAUGCUAAUGAUAUUACUUUUAACUGGAGUGCACAAAAAAGUGAUAGCAACAUCAAUAAUAACGUCACGUGCGAGGCAAGUGUUAUCCGAUUUUAAUAUGUCUUGUGAUGAUUCUGGAAAACUGAUACUUAGACCUAGGCCACAACAAAACACAUGA